AUGAUUGGUUUCCUUACUAUUCUCGCCUUCACAACUUCCGGAGCAUUUGCUAUUAUCGCUGAUGACUUCUCUUGCUCCUCUGGUGGCGUCUAUACCUCUGGUGCCACUUCAUGCUCCAAUAACAUGGCCGACGCAUCCUGUGCAGUUUUCUACAAAGAAUCCGCUCCCGGAGUUGGAUAUCCAGCUGCAGGAAAUUCCGUGCAACGCCCAUUUGCCUGCUACACAACUGGAAAUGCUCCAGGGCCCAUCAAUGAAGACUUGAGAAAAAUGGCUAUAACUAACUGCCCAAAAACUUGUGGAUUUUGUUGUGCUACCUCUGCCUUCAACUGCACUAAUGUUCAAUUCCCCCGUAUCAACUGUGCCACUAUCCAGCCAUCCCAAUGCUUGAGUUCCAUCUGGCGUGAAACAAUUGCCCAAGACUGUCCAUCUGCCUGUGGAUUCUGUAAUGAAGGAGGAUGCGUCGACGCUGUCACCGACUGCGCUGUCUCGAUGUGCAACCAAAUUGAUUUCCAAGAAUUUGUCAACCAGAACUGCAAGAGAACUUGUGCCAGAUGUGGUGCCUCGCCAUCUAACCCAUCGAACCCUCCUGCUCCAUGUAACAGCUAUCCUGUUGACACCUCUUCCAGUUGUGCUGCUUGGGCUAACAAUGGAUUCUGUAAGAACGACUUCUACAAGGAUGUUGUCAGACAGUAUUGUGCUACCACAUGCAAAGUUUGCUAG